CACGCGCGCUGCGUUCCCGUUCCCGGAAGUGCUUGCGGAAGUUGCGGCGGCGUCCCUCGCCCGCUUUUCAAUUUAAAGGAUGCGGAACCAUGCAUUUGGACGCAAUACCACCGACAGGCGCGGAUGAACAGCAUGUUAAGUUAUGUUCUGGCGCUUUUAGCGGCGUCGCUGGCUGUGUUGGUCGUUCCCCGCUACUGGUCCGUUACAUUCGGGAAUGAAUCAACGCAGGGGGCCCCCGUGCGGCUCCUGAGCAGCCGUGAAUUAUCACUGUACGACGGGGAGGAUGGCAGCAGGGGCCUCUACCUGGCCCUGAUGGGACAGGUGUUUGAUGUACACAAGGGCCACAGGCAUUAUGGACCAGGUGGAGCCUAUCACUUCAUGGCAGGCAAAGAUGCCUCGCUGGCCUUCGUCACUGGAGACUUCACAGAAAGGGGCCAGACAGAUGAUGUGUCCAGUCUCUCUGCCCUGCAGGUGGUGGCCCUGUACGACUGGCUGGCCUUCUAUCAGAGGGACUACCAGGCUGUGGGUUUGGUGAUAGGCCGGUUCUAUGGCGAGACUGGACAGCCAACGGAGGCCUUGCUGCAGGUAGAAGCAUCCCUAGUGGAAGGCCAGCGAAUCAAGGCCCAGUCUGAGGCUGAGAAGGUACGCUUCCCAGCCUGCAAUUCAGAGUGGAGCUCUGCCAGGGGAGGAAGAGUCUGGUGCUCCACCAAGAGUGGUGGAGUGAUGAGAGACUGGACGGGUGUCCCGCGGAAGCUCUUUUCUCCAGGAUCCACUGGUGUUCGUUGUGUCUGUGUGGAAGACCCAUCUGCAGCAGAGGAAGACCCCAACCUGCAGAAGUACGAAGGCUGCCCUCCACACGCAGACUCAUGUUCUGUUGCAGAGUUUUAGUCUCAGAGCCCGCCCAGAAAAUGGACCCAUUCAUGGCCUGCUAAUUAGCAGCACACAACUCAGAUACAUAUAAAGGACUUUUUCAAGGAAAGCACAUAAUAAAGAGUUGGAGUCAA